GGGAUCCGGUGCGUGGAGAGCGGGAUCCGGGCGGCAUAAGCUCUUCAGCUUCAGCGCCAGAGGAUCAGAGGAUCUGGAGUAGAGAUCCCAUCAGACAGGCAGAGGGUGUUAGUGGCAAGUGGAGUCCAGAGCACCAGGCCCAGAAUCCUCAGGUGGUUACCUAACUUGGGGCUCCCAAUAGGAGCAUCUUCUGGGUGUAAGCUUUGCAGAUGGUGGUUAGCUGUUUACAGCCCUGAGUUCGGGCUGCCUCCUUGUCAUCUCCACCAACCUUAAUAUGGUCAUCUGUGGCCUGGCUAAUAAAGAGUUUUUCUUGGAGAAAGUAUUUUGCAAGCAGAAAUCUGCUCUAGGAGAGGAGACUGUGCUGUGCUUUCUACCAAUCAGCUGCCCUGUCCCUAGUUUUUUUUCUGGAAGAAGUGGCUUUAUGUGGGCUGCCCUUUUCCACCAGGGAGAUAGUUCACGUGUUGGCCGACUGGGCUUUUCUUGCCCAGUCUCUGGGGCUUUACCUGCUUGCUGCUUUUCUGGACUUCCACCUACACACAGCAGGAUUAAUUGGAAUUCCUUAAAAUGUCAGGUGCAGCCCCUUCAGCUCCUGAACAGGCUGUGGAUAAAAUGGAAAAUCAAGUAAGAUUGCCUGAUCAACCUGAUGUCCCUCCUGCUUAUAAUGCACAUUUUGUGCCAGGACCACCUGGAUCUAUUGCCCCUCCACAUGCAGGCUACCCAGGAAGCAUGCCUGUUGGAUACUACACUCCACAGCAGUCCAGUGCCUUCCCCUUGUACCAGCCAACCGGUAGUAACUUUCCAGUCCAGUACCAGCCUGGAAGAUAUCCUAUGGCCAGUCAGUCUGCUCCAGUAGUAUGGAUGCCAGGCCCAACUCCUAUGCCAAACUGUCCUCCUGGUCUGGAAUACUUAGCCCAGUUGGACAACAUACACGUUCUUCAGCAUUUUGAACCUCUGGAAAUGGUCACAGGUUUUGAAACUAAUAAUAGAUAUGAUGUCAAGAACAAUGUGAACCAGAUGGUUUACUUUGUAACUGAAGACACAGAUGACUUCACCAGGAACACUUACCGGACGCUAAGGCCCUUUGUCCUCCGGGUCACUGACUGUAUGGGCCGAGAAGUCAUGACAAUGCAGAGACCUUUCCGAUGCACCUGCUGCUGCUUCUGUUGUCCUUCCGCCAGGCAAGAGCUGGAGGUGCAGUGUCCCCCUGGCGUCACCAUGGGCUUUGUUGGGGAACACUGGAACCUGUGCAGGGCUGUUUACAGUCUCCAGAAUGAGAAGAAAGAGAAUGUGUUGAGAGUGCAUGGACCAUGCUUGACCUAUGGCUGCGGUUCGGAUUCUGUUUUUGAGGUCAAAUCCCUUGAUGGCAUGUCCACUGUCGGCAGUGUUACAAGGAAGUGGAAUGGGGUGUUGUCAACAAUGGCUGAUGCUGACCAUUUUGACAUUCACUUCUCACUAGAUCUGGAUGUGAAGAUGAAAGCCAUGAUAUUUGGAGUUUGCUUCCUCAUUGAUUUCAUGUAUUUUGAAAGGUCUGCAACACCACCACAUGCAAGAAGAUAAGUAGACUCAGCAAAUCAGCAACUUUGGUUAAUUUUAAAAAGACACGUUGGCUCAGGCUUAUAAUCAACCCUCAGUGAUUUGUGAGUGUAUUUUUCUACUUUUGUAGAUUAUUUUUACUGGGUGCCAGCUUUGACAGUUAAGCUGAAAAUAUAAGUGUGAGAAAAAUAUAAAUGUGUGUUUCAAUUGAAUACCUAUCUACAUGUCUACUUGGUUGACUAGGAGUUUACUCUGAUUAGUGAAACAAUUAAACAUAAAGUGAGAUGAAAAUACUUUAAUGGUAACAGAAAAUGAAUCACAGGACUAUCGCACUAGCAUGCAGUAAAUGGUGGACCUCAUCAGAAUAAUGUUUGUUGAGACAGUAAUAGAGGUGCCAUUUGUAGCCCUUUAUUCCUUCAUCUGCACAUCUGUAUGUCCUCUUAUAGAUGGCAAAUUGGUGAAAAGAAUGACCUUCUUCACCUUAAAACAAAAAAGGCAGA